GCACAGUGUUCAAUAGGCGUAGAUUUUUGACUUCCCGCUCUCGCUCUGACGCAAAGGUGGGUGGACGACCGUCACAGCACUCACAGCUCGCUCUCUCGGUCGAGCCCACUGGUCAACAUGUCGCGACAAGAUAAAGCAACGACAGAGCGCAAUGCCCGGACACUCAGGGAGCUGGUCAAGCAACCGGAUAACAAGUCGUGUGCGGAUUGCAGGAAGAAUGAUGCGCGAUGGGCGUCUUGGAACCUUGGGGUAUUCUUAUGUAUACGUUGUUCGGGUAUACACCGAUCCAUGGGCACACACAUCAGCAAGGUGAAGAGUAUCGACUUGGACAUGUGGACACCUGAGCAAAUGGAGUCGGUUCAAAAGUGGGGCAACAGACGAGCCAAUCUGUACUGGGAGAAGCACCUCAAAGCGGGUCAUGUACCUCCAGAUCAUAAAAUCGAGUCAUUCAUACGCUCAAAAUACGAAAGCAAACGAUGGGCAAUGGAUGGGCCUCCGCCAUCUGAUCCGAGUGUGUUAGAAGACGGGUCUCCGCGUCAGCAUGACGAUUCUUCGAUGGCCCCCACACCUGCCUCUACGGCGCCUCCACCCGCUGCUUCCAAAACCCACCCUCUAUUAUCCCGGCAGACAGCGCCAGCUCCAAAAGCCACUGCCGCUCCAAUCGUUGAUCUGUUUGGAGGCGAUGAUGACGCCGCACCAAUCAGUACGACCUCAAAGCCUGCCAUUGCCGCGUCCAAUGGCAAUGCUGGACCUUCCGCAUCAACGACUGCCCCCAAUCCCGCUCCUUCGGCGACUGCGGAGCAACCCAAAGCACCUGGCUCUUCCAUCUUUGAUUUGGACUUCCGCGCCCCGACCCCCAGUUCCAAGCCUCAGACCAACAAGGCCGAUAUCAUGUCCCUCUUUUCGUCCCCAUCCACUGCUUCCGCUCCUGCUCCUCAGCCAUCUUUCUUCAAUCCCCCCAAUCCACCCACCGCCCAGAACCCUUAUGCGACGUGGGGCGGUGGCGGGACAUCCACAAGUACAACGAUGCAGAGCCCUACUCAGACCGCCUUGCCCACGGCCAAUGCAGGUUGGGGAGGACUACAAAUGGACCAAGGGGCUUGGGGUCAACCGCAACAAGCCGCUCCUGCCGCUCCACAGCCAGCUUCGUCCUGGGGUCAGCCGGUCGCCAAUGUCAAUGCCAGUGCAGACCCUUGGGGUAGCAGCAGCAAUGUCGGUGCCAGCGAUCCCUGGGCGGUAUCUGCUGCGCCGGCUGUAUCUCAGCCAACCAAGAAGCAGGAGAAUGACCCGUUCGCCAACUUGUGGAACUAAAGCGUCAUGACGAGUAUCAUUGCAUGCGUCCGUUUACGAGAUGCACCUGCAUGAACGGGUAUCAGAUGUAGGCCCAACAGCAGUCAGUUGGUAGGAGUGACCUAGUGCCAUGCAUCCAGCCGCCAUCACGUAGAGUUUGGGAUAAAUUCACCUGCAGAAAAUACGCGAAUAUAGAUAUUCAAAAUUUUUCGAAAAUUUCCGCCGGGUCGCGCGAACGUUGU